AUGCAAGAGACGUUUAAACGCCUGCCGCCGCACCACGCGCGCAUCAUCAUAUUCCUCACGUACGUGCCCGCUAGUAGGUGGUUCUUCGUUUACUUAACACGUCUCGUGCUCAUCGUGUUCCUGUCUGCUGUCAUAGUUCACGUGUCAGAGGAGAUGAGGCACCCCUUCUGGUUUGUGCCCCACUGCUCAUGCAACUCUUGUCAUGUGCUUCUCACUUUUUAUCUUCCUGCCCUGCUCUCCUCUGCUUCCCCCAGCAUAUUCGACGUGUCGGAGGAGAUGAGGGAUCUCUUCUGCAUAUUCGACGUGUCAGAGGAGAUGAGGGAUCUCUUCUGGUUCGUACGAGACAUGGACGAGCCGGCGCCCACCAACCCCGUGCUGCAGAGACACGCCAACACCGCCUUCAAGCUGGUGAUUGGGGACGAAAGGGGAGAGGAAAAGGGGACCUCCCCUGGUUCAUUGGGACAUGGACGAGCCGGCGCCCACCAACCCCGUGCUGCAGAGACAUGCCAACACCGCUGUCAAGCUGGUGAGUGGGUGGAGAAGAGAAGAAGCGAGGCGGAGAGGAAAAGGGGGGAAGACAGAAACGAGGGUGUUUCGGAUGGCGUUUCUCAAAACAGUUGGCAAGGCUUUGGGUUCGGGGUGGACAGAGGAGGUGGAGGGAGCAUGGAGCAGGGCGUAUGGGAAGGUGGAGGAGAUGGUUGCGGCAGGGCUGGGGGGAAGAUGAAGGGGAACGUGGGAAUAGCUGGUAAUAACUGGGGGAAACUCGUUGUGAGGGAGGCGGGAGGGGGGCAGGAGGUAGGGGGGUGGGGAAGUGGAGGUAGAGCGAGCAUGGAGCAGGGCGAAUGGUCAGGUGGAGGGUGUGGUUGUGGCUGGGGUAGUGGGGAAAUGAGGGAGGGUGGGAUAAUCGGGGGAAGCUGGUGGAAAGGGGAGGGGGGAAGGAGGAAGCGAGGAGAUUGGUGCAUAUGGAAGGUGGAGGAGAUGGGGUGUGGUGGGGCCAGUGGGGAGAUGACUUUUGAGGUGCCUCAAAAGGAAUGGGGGAGAUUGGUGGAUAUGGAAAGGUGGAGGAGAUGGGGUAUGGGGGGGCAGUGGGGAGAUGGGAAAGUCUGA